AAGCUCCUAUUUAAUUUGGAUGCGAUUGGUUUUCAAAGAUUCAAUAUACUGCCAUAAAAUCUAACUCGGAUCACGUGGUGUCAAUGGCUACUUAAUUAUGAAAGGCCAAUUUAAAUAAACCGACAAAGAGUAUAACUUAAACAUCGAAUCUUGCUUGGAUACGAAAACAUUUAAAUAUUACAAUAAUUAUAACUCAACAGAUGGACUUACAUUUCCGUUUACGUAGAUCUGUAUAUUAAUAAAUUCAUUACAAAAGUAAAUACAAGUGUUUGUAAUUUCACUUUGGACGAAGCUAAAUAAGCGGAAGCAUUUAAAGGCGGGAAACGUUCGGAACCCACGUUUUUUUUUUCAAAGGUGUUAUAAAGUUGCAAACUAUUUAAGAAACAACACUUUUAACAAAAUUACUGACGACAAAAGACUUUUUGGGAAUUUCUACUUCAAGAACUAAUUUAACUAAUAAGAAAUUACAGUUUGUUGGAUAUGGUUGAAACUUACAUGUGGUUAUUAAUAACAGCUAUUUUAUUUCUGACGACCUCGGCAGCAGUCGAAGACGACGUUACGAACCGAGGAAAACAACUUAUACAGCAGCUAGAUGACGUCCGCCAUAACUUAAAAUCAGUAACAGAGUCUUUAGAAAAACUUUCUGACGUCAUUGAAGAAGAAUGUACUUGGGGAGGGGGAAUGUCCGACGAAAUGUGUUCAACAGUAGAUAUCGAUGAAAUUCAAAGGAGCUUUCAAGUAAUACAUGAUAGAAAUAGUCCUGGAAAAAGAUCUGUACCAAGUAUGGACCCUUCACUUCGACAAUUUCUACAAGAUCUUUUAAGAAAGAAAGAGAUGAUUCAAAGACUAAAACAUAUCUUGACAUAUGCUGACAAUGCAGUCCAUGAAGAAAGGAAGAAGAGUUGUCAGUUAAAUCUCGGGUUCCACUGUCAGACACAAGAGUACUCCGCCAUCGCUGACAUGUUUAACUUCCUAGGGAGCGGCAGAAGCCCAGGGAAGAGAAGACGACGAUCUAUUCAACAGAUUCUGAAAACAAAAGAAACAUUAUAAGAUAAUGUGUAUCAGCGAUUUCAAAUUUUCUUUUAAUUAAAUCACCUUACAUUUAUUUUGAAUGCCAAUAGUUUGAUGCAUGAUACGGCAGGACAUUUCCCUUAAGGACAGAACAGAACGUAAAAAACAAAUAUUGUGUUUUGUUAGAAGAACAUUAUGUUUAUAGUAAUGUUCAAUUAAGUAGUUUGAAUAUGAGUUCGAGCACUUACUUCUUUUGUGCUAAGUUACGUAUUUUCGAAUUUAUCCAUCUCAAAAGUAGAAGUUUCAAGUAAAACAAAAAAAACGUUUGUGAUAUUUUGUCUAGAUUAAUCGUUUCGAACACUUAACAAGAAUUUUCCAAGUGUAAACUUUUAUUUCAUUCCAUAACUUAUUCUGUAACUUUUACUUCUGAUUUGUUUGUUUGUAAUAUUGUGUUAUAUUGUAGAUUACUAUUUUAUAGUAUAAUGCAAUUUGUUAUUUAAUAUUUGUAUUUGUAUUUUGUGCAAUAUUCUUUGAAACUGUUUUCAUUCGCAAUAAAGUUUUAAAUUUUCA